AUGCCUUCUGAGGGUAAAAAUAACUUGAUAAGAGCUUCCCUAGAAAAGAUCAGCCCCUGUAGAUUGAGUCAAUAUAAAAACGUUUGUUGCGCAAAUAUACAUUUGCUCUCAGUUCCUGCCUCGUACCCAGUCGUAGUCUUCACAUGGUCCCUUGCGGUUCAUCACCAGUCACUCGCGUUUCGCGCUGGCCUCUACCAUGCGAAAAAGGAAGCGCCUGAGGAGGAGGCUGUCUCAGUUUGAUGUUAUUGUUUUUACUUAUAUCAGGAAUUUCGUUCACACUUUAGGUUGAAGUAAAACCAUUUCCCAAGGUGGGUUUCCACAAUUGGUUGAAAAAAUUCAAGUGGUACACCGCAAGUAAGUGCUUAUUUUAGUUUAUAUUGGGAGUGUGAGAUUAUCUGCUUAUAAAGCAGUCCUUUUUAUGCGUUGAUAAAUAGUGUCAUUGACGUAUUUAAAAAUAUAUCGAACAGACAUUUAAAAAUAUAUCAAAACAAAUCUAAGAUGCCUUCAACUGAACGUAUCCUUUCCUGGCCGAAGUGGCAGACACUAUCUUUAUUAGGAUUAAUGCAAAACUCAACAAAAAAUGAAGGGCCACGUUCAGUUAAAUUUUCUUUGUUUUGUUAAUGGAAGUUCAUGGGGUUUAUACCAACAUUAGGGGGACACACACUACGUCUGGGUUUGUGGAUUCGAAAAAAGGGAUAAUUUUCAAUGGAAGGUAUACCAACAAGGGGGCCGUACGUUUUGUCGAAAAAGAUAUAUGAAAGGGUAAGGGGUUGGACCUUGAGGCUUACUGGAACGUUGAUGAGUUGAACGCCCCGAGAAUGGCAAUUUUCAAUUUUACUCUGAUGUGAACAGAAAUCUUGUUCGGAAAUUAUCCCAGAAUAGUGCAGUGUCAAUGGGAAAUACUUUUAAUGCUAACCCUCAACAAUGGAAGUGAGCAUUAUUUAACGAUGUUUGCUCGUUUGGAAAUAGAAGUUAGGAUAAUUUCUUGUUUUUCUGUUAGUUCAAGCUUUUUAACUAUGAAUUGUCUUCUUACAGGAACGCCCAGUGCUCCCGGUCGGCAUGGCGACAAUUGAUUUGGAUCAGUUCGUGGCGUCCGUUGACUACCUGUUAAGCUUAACUAAAUCAUGAGUACAGUUGUACAAACUGUAGGUUUAACUGAUUUAAAAUUUCAAUAAAGACGUAUUAACUGCAUCGAGUUGAAAACAUGAGAGAAAUUUUGUGUUAGUGAAUGGUCUCUGUGGGGAUGUUCAUGCCGUGCGCUUGCAGGAGCGCAUGAACAAAGAGCCAUAAAGAAAUGCACAAACUCCUUUCCAUGACAUCCCAAAACCAACAAGGGAAAGACCUGCAUAAAAUUGUAGAAUUUGUCUUACUGAUACUUAAAUUUAUAGUUGUACCCAGUAAAAAAGAUUACUAAGUAUGAGGUACCUUAAAGACAAGGCACGCUUUCAAGUAGCGAUUGAAAAACAAAUUACAGUCCGGCACUUUCCGUAAAAAAAAAAUUCCGAAUUUAACAAGCUUAAAAAUGGAACACUCUCAGUCUCAAACCUACCCUUUCACAAACGGUUGUGGCUAGAAUGGAUACCCCAAAAGCAGGCGAGUGUCAUCUUUACUCAAAAUACAUGACAGAAGUCUUAUAAAUUAUAGUAGUAAAUAAGACAAGCACAAAGAAAACGGAAGAAACACUUAGUAUGUAGGACCAGUGAAACUGCAUCAAUUGAUGUACAGCUAUUUCGAGAAAGGUUGUCGGAAAAAUGUGCAAGCGACAAUCCCGAAAGGUAGUAUGGGAUAUGAUCAAUACGCCGUUCUUGACACUACUGUAGCUGUCGAAUCUUCUAUUGUUACUUUCCUUUAGCACUAGCAAACAUAUGGCCUAUGGUCUAUGGCCUCUCGUGCCAUUCUUUCAAAUUUCUUUCAAGAACAGUGAACUCAAAAUCACCCACAAUACCUUUCGAGAUUGUCGGAUGCGCUUUUUCGGACAGCCUUUCUCGAAAUAGCUGUAUAAUCCACAUCCUUAUCCACUACACCAUCAAGGGCAAACUGCCGACACCGGUUACGGUUUACGCAAUUUUAACGUACUUUACAUGGCAUUGAUUCAGUUAAUAGAUUUAUUGAAAGCUACCCGAUUUUAAAAUAGUGCUUUGAUAACCUAUAUUUAAUCACUGUACUUUGGUGCUAGACCCUGUGUUCAACUCUUUUCCCUGCACAACUGUCUCUUACUCUAAUUUCCAUGCACUUUUCUAAAAAAUGUGCCCAUGCAAUAAUUAUAAAUUUGCAUAAAUGGUUCUAUUCGUCGGGUAUAGCGUUGUGUAAUAAACAUAAGGUGUCCAACCUGAUUAGCCCCGGCCAUCAAGUCUAAUUAGCAACCACUAAAGGAUCUCCUCUUUAUGGACCACUUAUUCGGUUUUAGCUGCAUGCUAUUACUUUGUUUGGUCAUCCUACUAUAGUCUCACUAGACAACCAAAACAUAAAUUCUGUUAUGCCGGGAAGCACUGAAAGCAAAGAGUAUGAGACCGUGGGAACCAAAGUCUUAGUUUAACCAGAGACACGACUGGCCUGAUUGCAUUGUAACUCAUUGUGGGAAUUCAGAAACUCGGUGCAAAUUAUUGGAACAAAAGAAAGUCCUUACACAACAAGAUAAAGAUUCAACUCUCACCGGACAGGUCGGGGGAGUUCAACGCGGCCACUGUUUCAUUGUCUUAGGAAACCACUGGGGGACGUGAUGUCCUUUGGAAACAUUCUAUAUCCACAUUUCUUUGAUAUGCCAUAGAUAUAAAAUUGUUUUGUUUUGUUUUACGUCCUUACAUACCAAAGGCGCCGACAAAGUUUGAGCCUUUUAAAUAUUAUUAAUAUAUUUAUACAAGGGAAAUCAUCAGUUUAAAACUUACAUACUAAGUAAAAGUAAAAUACUGAAAUAUAACUGAUUUACAUGAUUGCUAUGUGGGAGCCCAAAGAAGAAUAGUAGCUUUUAAGCUUUUUUAAACAAAACUCAAGUGAGUUCCAUUCCCCUAGAUCCUCAGACAGAGAAUUCCACAAGGCGGCACCGCUAUAGGAAUAGCUGCGCUUCAGGCCUAGGCUUCAGUCCUAGGCUUAGGCAAUGCAAGGCGUUUGUGAGCUGAGUUUCUUUGAUCAUAAUUAGCACUACUGAAAUUUGCAGAACAUUAUGCGGAGAUACAAUGGAGCAGGAUUACGUAAAGACUCAUAACCAAGAUGGCCUUGUCCUUUUGUCUGUUGGAGAUCAUGUUUUCCAUCCAAGUGCGUCUAGAAGUGGAGAAGAACUAAGUAAACUUAAUUGGCGGAACGACGUCGAGGUCGCUUGUAACGUGACCACGUAAAACAGUCAGUUCUUGACUGAAACAGAUUUGCGACGAUUUCGUUGAAAAACCACCGAUUUGAUGGAAAACGCGCGACGAAAAACACGUCCGCGGGUACCCGCCAUAGAGAGCUCGAGGUUCAUUUUUUCUUCACAAGUUGUGACUAAAUAUAGAAAUUCAAGUCGGUCUCUCUAUUGGUUAGUAAGUUCAAAAUGAUAAGAUUGCUUUUGAACUUUGUGCACAGUCAGGACCAAAAAAGCUAACAAACUGAUAACAGUCAAAUCAUGAUAUAAGAGAGAAGUUUUACAGUUUCAUAACACUCUCUUUUUUCGAUCGGUCCAGGCUGAAUCGAAUAUUCUUAAAAUUCCCUGCCGAGAUUUUAGGCUGAAAGUUUUUUGUAUUAUUCUUAAAUUAAAUUAUUGCGAGACAUUUCAAGUUCAUAUUGUCACAAGGUAAAAAUGACCACAGGAUAAGCAUUUGGGGAAAGAGGAAAACAGCAGUGUUUAAUGUACAAAUUUGGCAGCUGGUGGAUGCAGUGUCCUGGACAGGUGCUUUCCUUGACCAGGCUGACUAAAUGUGGUGUGAACUAUCUGGAACUGAAAGGCAGCUUUUAGUGUUUUAUGAGGAUCGGCGACAUCCUUCCAAGGGUUAAAAACUUGAUUUCUUGAGUCUGAAACAUAAUUUUAUUAACAGAUAAAUUCAGUCUAGUAUAAACAAUAAAUUCAUCUUUUUGGAGCAAUUUGCUGACGAGUACGUUUAUUCCAUUUGAACAAAAUCAACUGACCAUUCGAACGAGGGUUUUGCAGGUUGUUGUUCGGGCCAUAGUAAAAUCAAUGGUUUAUGAAUAGCACGUAAGAAACUUCAUAGAACUGUUUGAUUUAGGACCCGGGGGAUAUUAAGUUCCGAAAUUUAUAUUAUUCUCCUGGUUGGUGGUACAUCACAGACGAUCGACGUUUGAAGAUGGUACACAAGAAAAAAAAAAGUAGUGACAAAGGCUGAGUGCAAAAUACGUAAUAAUAUAUUAUAUUAAAACGGUACAUUCAGGACCAUUAAAAUUUGGAAUAGCAAUAAUGCAAUAAUGUAUCCUCGUGAUUUCAGAGUGAAAAAAGUACUAAUUUAAGGAACUGCAGAAACCCCGCGGAUUUCCUCUUUUUUUUCCAAUUUCAAUACUUUGAAAUUAAACAGCAAAGAAGAAUCUUUUUUUUUUUUUACUGAUACUAAAACCAAGAAAAACCAACGUAUUGAAGCUAAAGCACUGAAUAAUAACCCAAGGUGUCAAAUUACCUCCCCCCCCCCCCCACCCCUCUUUCCCCCUUGUGUUUGCUGGAGGACCAGUAGCACUUUGAAAUUCAUUGAAAGAUUUUUGUUUUUGAUUUAUGUUCGAAGAAACUAACUCAAAAGAUACUCAUUUAAUUGUGAACUUAACCUGCCAUUGGCUAUUUACAGUUGAGUUCGUUGAACAAGAGGACAUCCUGAAUUAAUAAACAAUUUUUGUCGCAAUAAAUCUCAAGCUUCAGUAAUAAUUGUAGGGUAAGUGUAGAUCUGUAGAUGUUUUCUGGCUGGUGCCGGACAUCAAUAAAACGCCAGACUUUCAUAACCAAACUAUGAUAUCUUCAAAUACCGUCAAACUUUCCUUGCGAGUCAGUUUUGGUUUAUUGGUUACAUCUGUUUAAUUAUUUGUAUAAUACAAUGUGAUAGUAGGGAGAAAAAUAUGAAUUUAUUUGUUCCUUCUUUAAUUUUCUGGUUACAGUGGUUUUAGCGUCAAUUUCUAUGUAAUUAUUCAUUUCACGCAAGGUUAUUUAGCGGGUUAUGCGACACCUUGUGUCUGCAGUGUUUGACAUGAAUACGUGGCUGUCAGUCCAAAAAAACAUAUUUUCAGAACUUUCAACGUGAAGACACUAACAAACAGCUCUGAGGAGAUUAAGGUAAAAGAUGUUAUGCUUUGUCUAUGUACAAUUUUGUCACUGACAGCUAAAACGUUUCUCUCAGCGGUAAAAUUUCGUUUAUUCUUUCAAUUAAUUUACUACCAGAAUUUGUAAAGCCUAAAGAAGUUUUACCCUGGGUACAAUGCGCAGCGUGCAAUGAUGAGUUCGAAGCUGGCCGAAGCGAUAAAUACUUGUCUGACCAAAACCGGAAUCCGCGCAGGAAAAGUCUCUACCACCCUUCCCUUACUCCUCCCCUCCCCCCGCGCCACGCAGCCGAAUAACUAUUACGAAUGAUAAGGAGACCUCGACGUGAUUCGUCUUACGAUAAAGCGUUGCAAAGAAACUUGGAAAGAAAUGUCUUCUAGGAGCCAGCACGUCUUUCAGAACACCGCUUUUUUCAAUUCAAUGAUCGUAAUUUUUUGUGUCCUUUUGGAAUUAUUUGCUUGUUUAUCAUUAUCAUUAUUAUUUCCACAGAAAUGAUUUCAAAGCUUUCUUGGUUACUUUUCUUCCUUCUGGUAAUUUGUGGCGCUGUUCAAGGCAGUCUGAGAAGUAUGGCAUAUUUUACUUCUUUUUUUUUUCUAAAGCGAAGGAGAGAAUAUAUAUUACAUGCUGGCUAGAAGAUAGUGAUGGCAAAGGAGAUAUUUUCCUUUCCCCGCGAACAUAAAAUUCGUAUUUUCGAACUGAUGUGUAAUGAAAACUUCCCUAAAAAUGAGAUGGCCAAUUCAAAAGUACAACAGGUGCAACUUAACUUCGGAGCCACUCGGAAAUGUAUUUCUUGCAUACUUUGAGCCAUAUUAUAUAAUAAAAUGAAAAUGGCUCUUGUGAAUAUUCAGCUGUCGCCUUUAAAAUAUCUUGCAUUGUUUGCUUUAAGGCGGUCACGUGUGCACUUGAUGGCAUUUCAAUAGAUUAAAAUGUACGGACGUCCCAGCAAUAUAUUAACCCUUCUAAAGGUAACUAAUAACUGAAAUUAACAGAUCGCGGCCAACGCCCUAAGAAUCUUUCUCUGUCCACUUAUGGCUCUUGCGCAUACAAAUGCCAAGGAAAUGUUUCAGAGCAUUGACUAUAAAGGCAACCUACUGUUCCAUUCAAUCAGUUACUGCUUUCUUUCUUUUAAGAUCGAUUAUAGGUUGACAAAUAAACACGUGAAACUUGCACAAUUUAAUCAAGUACCGUAUUGACGUCCCUUGCGGUCAAACUCUAACCAAUCAACAGAAGGCAACAUAGAAGUAUGCGAGUACAGUGCGUUGGAUAUGAGAUAAUAGAUAGCGCGGCUCGAUCGUUGGCUAUAAUCAUCUCAUAUCCAACAAGCGCGAGUGGAAUAAUUGUUUUAAUAAAAACGCCUGCCGAAUAUCGAGAAUUCUUCCCAACUUUAUUUGGAAAACAACCGAUUUUCAGCUUGUUUUUAAUUUUGAGAAGACGCGUACAGUUAUCAUAUUUGGGGCGCAUGGUAUAAUGGCUCAUAUCAUAUAGACACGAGUGUUUUACUGGAAAAUAUACCUCUCGUAAAAUUCAUAAAAACUACAUCCGCUGAGUGGUUUAUUUUCCAUAAUCUCACACGUGAGUUUAUCGAUGACGUAAUUUCGGUCAUUUCCCUCCAUUAUUUUAUCGAUGUCUUUUUGUCUAUAUAAUAAAAAGAACAUUACACGGCGGCUUGAAGAUAUGAAUUUUAUUUUUUCGUGGCAAAAACAAUAUUUUACGAACGAGCGCAGCGAGUGAGUAAAAUAUUUUUUUGUCACUCGAAAAUAAAAUUCAUAUCUUCGCGCCACCGUGUAAUAUUCUCUCUAUAUACCAUGAUGGCUAAGCCAAUCAGAGCUCUAGAAUUGCAUUAUUAUCCAAUGAUUCAGUUUUUAAACUGAAAAUAGAUAUAUUUUCCUCUCAUUAGAAUAUACUGUGAGUGUUAAGACUGGAAAGAAAUGGGGAGCUGGGACAGAUGCAAGAGUGUGGAUCAAACUUUUCGGUACCAAAGGAGAAACAGCAUACAUGGAACUGGAUUGUGCCAAAGCACUCGGUCCAAAUAAAAAUACAAAUUGCUUUGAAAGAAAGCAGUAAGUAAUUUGCAAAUAUUAAAAUAGAUGAAACUUAACUCUGUUAACUGUGUUUUCCGUAACACUGCUAACAUAUUUUUUUCCACAAUACUUAUAAUAAUGAUAGCCUUAUUUACCGUUUGUUUCACGUACGAUUGACGCUUUAUGACCAGUCGAGGUUAAGCAGCUCAGUUACGUCUAACGGAAAACGCGAAUUUGUACCACGUGACCAAGUUUUCCCAUUAUUUGUCGUUUACUGUUCAUUAUUUCUACACAUAAAUUAGUAGUUUCACGCAAUUUUUUAUCCAAUAAGAAUUGUUUUGAACUGUUUUUAUCUGCUCAUUUUCUAUUUUGAGAAAUUCUCUACUGGAAUCUGACGUUUGCCGUUUGCCGUAUAUGUGAAGCUUAAACUCUCUAAUUUUGGCUCUUUUACGCCUUGUUAACGGCGGCAAAGCCUGCUUGGUCAAGAUAUAUUUAUAUCUUGACAAACAAUACCAAUUUUUAGCACUUAAGCACACGUUCCAACUCCGAGGGAUGGCCAGUACCUAACGCAAGCGAACAACCUUGUUCCUGCUACAAGGAUAUCACCACGGAAGUGGUAGUCAUGGACAACUGUUUCGUAAUCGCAAUUGACACCUCUCGCCUGGGGCUGUGCGCAUAUCAUGCUGAUGAUUCCUAAUGAGGACGAAACAGCUGUCCACGGCUGUCACGGCCGGGGAGAUAUGGUUAUGCGCAAGUGUGAGGUACUGGCCAUACCGCAGAGUUGGUACAUGUGCUUCAGUACUGAAGAAGGAUAUUUUGGGCACGCUCUUUUUCACAUUAUUAUAAACCGAGACCAAGUCGAGGUCAAUAGGCUUAGUCAAUAAAUUAUUUACGGACCAACCCUGGAAAAAAUAGGAGAGGAGAAUCAAGAGAUGCGAAUUACUCAAUUUGCCAGCUGUGCAGCGCUAAAACUUGCCUUGAGUGCACAAAUGGCGCAUGGACAACUGGCAGAUGGCUAAGAAUUGACCAAUCAGAGCGUGUUCUUUUUACCUUUCUUAAGUUAUAAAUAUUAGUUAUUUUAAAGGUACCUUUCAUGUGAUUUCCUUGGCCGUAGGAAAGGUCGCACUGUCGCGUGACAAUUAAAAAAAUGAGAUCAUUACUCUCCUGUGUAGGAACCCAGACAAAUUCGAAGUACAAGGUAAAGACAUAGGAAUCCCAGCACGAUUUUACCUCAAGCGCGACGAUGGUGGUAAAGGGGCAGAUUGGUACGUCGAUUGGGUAUGGAGUGUUAUAAUUAUCAUUUUAUUCAUUCAAAAUAUAUCACCGUUUCUGAUUAGCUCAAAGCCCCCCGCUAAAUCUUCAUAACCAACUGGCGUUGACCAAAUUUGGAAAAUGCGAGCAAUCGAUGGUAUAUUGACUUAGAAACGAGAUUGAUCGAUUGUAUAUUGAUUUGGAAACGUGGUUGAUCGAUUGUAUAUUGAUUUGGAAACAGACAAUUACUGAAUUCUGUUUUCGUGUCGGAUGUGAAAAAUCAUGCAAAUCUCGCGGAAGGGGGGGGAUGUUACUCAUGAUGCAUGUCGACCCUCAGCCUCUCGGUGGAUAACAUCCUGAUCUGCAUAAUUCUUCACAUUCUACUCUACCUCAUUCAAUAAUUUGUAAUUAUAUUUUGGCGGCAAAGAUAACUACGGUACCCUUUUUUUGGAAAUCAAACCCGACUUUGAAGGACUUGUAAAAUAGAAGUUCUCGCUCCCCCGUUCUCGCAGGCACCGUUUAAAUGGUGUUGUCAUACUAAAGAAUUCAAUUUAUAAUUUCUUCCUUUCUUUCGUCGUCUCGAAUCCAGAUGAGUGAUCUAAACUUAUCCAGCGUUAAAGGCUAAAGCCAUUUAAAGGUGCCAGUCAUAACUGAACGAAAGGAAUCAAACUCUACCUGUUUACCUUGGUGCUUGCCCGCAUUUAAUUACCCUGCGAGCAGAGUCUCCUUCGAUCUUCCUAGAAAAUAUUGGGAAGAGGAUAUUUUCUAGGAAGAUCGAAGGAGACUCUGCUCGCAGGGUAGCAUUUAAUUCCACCUGUGUUUGAAGAGACAAUUGUGAAUUUUUUGCUCACUUGAUCUUGCUUGAUCUCAUUAUCUACCUAGGCAGAUUGAAGGUGUCUAAGUAAAUAACUGCCCUGUCCUUAUAAAAAGCAUAUUUUUUACACAUUAGAUUCAAGUAGAUGAUUUUCCCAAAGUGGAUGUUCUACAAGAUGUUAAAAAGCCCAACCAAGUUUACUUAAGAAGUAAGUUAUAACUUAUUAGGAAGCGUAUUUUCUAAAAUAAGCGCCCUCGCACCAGGCCAAAAUAUCAAUUAAGUCCCCCCUCUCCCCCCACCCCCGAUCACUUUCUUUAAUAGUAUAACGUAGGAACACAGGAGGGAAAAGCUGUUUCUAUUGUCUGUUUCUGUGUAUACAUGAUCGUAUAAUAAGACUGCAAGGUUCCAAAAGAAGAACCUGUUAAGUGCCCCUCUUGCUUAAGUGCCCAUCCUUUUAGCCGAAAUUUUGAAUAAGCGCCCAGGCACUAAGGCUCGUAAAAUUUACUUAUUCGGCUGCAAAUUCUGCUUAGUAACUGUAUUUUCACAAACAUGGAAGGAAGCAGCGACGUUAAGCAAAUUAAUUAAAAUCAAUCUUACUUUGUUUAAUGUCAAUAUGUUCACACGCCGCCAUGAAAAUCAUACCGGAUAGAGUUUCUGUUCACACACAUUAGAACGGUUGUAGCGGGGCGAUUUCUGUGACGAAGCGAAGCUGCGCUGCGUCGAUCUCGAAAGUGGAGCAUUCCAUAUCGGAUAGAUUCUGUGCCAUACUUUGGUGCCGUGUCAUAAGGCCCGUCGCGGAAGUAAACAGGCUGAUUUACCAACAGGACGGGAACGUCAGUUGACGACGGGAAAGCGCGCGGAAAGGACUAAACACGACUUCCGGUGCUCAAUUUGCCGCUAUGCCAUUGGUCAAGCCAGUUGUUUGAUUUGCGCGCGUCAUCGUUAACUGAAGUUCCCGUUCUGUUGCAAAAUCAGCCUAAUAAGCUGGAGCGAGGACUGGAACCCACUAAAACGGAGGUAAAUAUUCAGUAUUCAGGACUGGAAUUCUUCCGUACAGCGGGUACGAUGUUCCAGGUAUGUGAACGACUUGUGUCACCUCUUGGCACUGCUGUUCACACUACACUAUAUAGCUUAUAUCGUGCGUGGAGCCACGAAAGGUGCGGCUUUAAACGACAAGUAAAUGAAGCCCAAACGGAGGCAAAAAUUUGCAGUCUUUUUAACAAAAUUCCCAUUCAAGCCCAGGACGGUCUCCCUAGGUUCCUUCUUUAUGUUUCAUAAUGCAGGUGUUUUAGUUCCGUACUGUUAUUGUAUUUUUUGCGCGUUAUUGUUUUUGCUUUAUCAACUGAGAUUUUGCUAUAAUUCCCGGCGGGCAUACCGUAGACUGCUUCCUGCCCCUAACCCUCCUCCCCCCCCCCCCAUAGUUAUAGGUCCGUUGUACCUGCCGAGACGCAUAUCUCUUGGUUCACAUAUUCACGUGAUUUUUAUAAGGCGGAACGCCCCGCCAGAGAUACUCUACUAUUGUGACAAGUUGUUACAGGAAGUCUCUAGUUUGAAGUUGUUAAAUUCCAUUGUUUCAGACUAUCGUAAUUGCAAAACAGAGAUAAAAAAAACUUGGUUUGAGACCAAAUGACAAUUUCAUGUCAUCAAAUUAAGACAGUUUUUCCCCUUUUUAGCUUUUUGCAAACGUCCUGACAACGGCAAGUUUCAAUCCUGGUAUUCCGACGAAUUGACUGCUGAAAACGCCAUUACAGCCUUUGCGAAGGCGGACAAGACUGCAGGUCAGAGCCGAAAUUAUAGAGUCAUUACACACAACAUGCCCCUCACACAGAGACAUAAAUAUUAGAUUAUUAUUAUCCUUUUAUGAGGAAAGUCUAGAGGAAACAUUAAAAGAGUAACAUUGUCUUAUGGCAAGAAAGGAUAAUCUAGAUUUAUUCCUUGACUUGCAUGCUUAUGGAGAAUGUUCUGCCUCAUAUAUACUUUUGAGGAAUAUUUAACGAACGAGGGGAAAUUUUUUGGCCGGUUGAAAAACUCAGUACAAUUGUUUCCAUGGGUUGAAACACUCAGUACAGGCGUUCAGAUGUUUCCGAAAAAUGGGGAGGGACCCGCGCCUCUCCCCAGCUACUUUUCAUCUUUCUUCACUUUAUCUGAACGCUUGGAACAGGCUACUUCCCCUAUUUUUAUCCAUUUAUUUAUUUAUUUUAUUUUAUUUCUCUCUGGCUGCGACCUGUUGGCCAGAACCUCUUUAGAACCUCUCAUGAUUUGAUAGGUUCUUGUUGACCCGAAGCUCUAUUGUUUCAGAGUUGGGGUUCAUUGUUAGUUUUGUUCGGUUAGGGCUAUCUAUUGUUUUCUAAACCAAUCCUGUGAGCCGUUCAUACACAGCUUUCGGCCCACCCGCUGAGACCGUGAGAAAAUAGACCUUUGUCAGGGGGCGGCCAUUUUGUCUCGGGAGUUUUAAAAGGCUUUGUUUAUGAGGCUACCGGUGCAUAGACAAAGCUUUUUAAUUCUCCUGAGACAAAAUGGCCGCCGCAUGACAAAGUCCUAUUGCGUUGUAAAUGUUCAGUUCUUCUUUACAAGCAUUCUUUCCCUCUGAAGCAAAACGUUUCUAAAGUAAACAUUGGGCAUGUUAACGUUAGCGGAGGGGUUUCUACAACACGACAGUGAUCAGCGUAUAUUCCAGUUAUUCAGGGAUUAAAUUAUUUCCCUUUCAAUAUUAAGUCAGUUCUGCUUGAAUAUUCCUUGAAUACAGCGGAGAAUGCAGACCCUCCCUUCAAAUUAUUGCAUCAUGAAUUUAAAAUGGCCCUUGUCUCAUCGUCCUCUUUCAAUUUGGAAACAAUCCGUUACACAUAUAAUUGAGACAUAUUGUCUGCAUUCGUGUUGUUUGCAUUUUUCCUUCACCUUUUACUUUUCCCUUUCUUUUGUUUUUUUCUGUUUUAACAGGUAUGAGGAGAGUUACUGGCCGGUUCAGCGUUAACUGAUUUGGAAUUAAAAGUGGUGAUCAUUUUCAUCGUCCACCGGUCAUAGCUUUGGGGAAAAGUUAAUUGGAUCUCUUUAUUCAACGAAUAAUGUGAAUUAAAAUUGCACUUGUAAACCUGACUCAAUAAAAUUCAGCUCGGUGGCAAUCCUAGCGGAGAAACUUUGCCUCACCCCUCUCUUAUAUUUUAUUAAUAGAGUUUUUGUUUUACAUGCAAAAGUUAUUAAAAACGCCCUAGGUAAAGCUUAGAGUUGAUUUUCAUUAAGAACGGUCUUUUUCACGGCAUUGACUUUCUCAGGGAGAGCAGGCUUCACUCCAUUAUAAUUUAAAAAAGGAAUCAGACUAAUUAAUGGGGUUAUCAGCUUGCUGAAAGAUGAAAAAAAUACGACGUUUGAGACCAAGAUCAUUUCACCAUAGAUUUGCUUGAAACUUUUUCAGUGCAGUAUAAUUAAGGUCAACUUGCAUCAACUGUAUUGAUUUCAACAAACGCAGGCUUAUUACUUGGGAAUUUCUCUUCUGGAUGAUAUCGUUUUUCUUCUUUUUAUAAGUGUGACUGGAUUAAAAUCAUCAUCCGAUUUUGAUUCAGUUAAUAAUAUUGAGGGAGACAACUAAUAAUUCAGUAUAUAACAGUUUAAGAAUGUGAAAGAUAUUUGAAUUUGUAAAUGACUGUGACCUCACAUCCUGUCGCAAGUCCGCCAGUACCAAUCUUGAGCUGCCUGUGAUGGUACAUGUAAUCACCUUCUGAUGCCAGAGACAUCACCAAAUUUUGUUGUAUCAUAUUAAUUUUAAAACUUAACAAGAAAGGCUAAAUAAGAAACGUUCCAGUUACCAAAAUUGGGAGGGGAAACAGGAAUAAAAAAGACCUUUUCUAAGUGAAGAAGGAAGUGUUCUGCAAUACGAAUACUGAAUGCAUUAAACCAGCUCUCCCCUUCCCCCGCUGGAAUAAACUCUAGGCAUGACUUGAUUUCGCAUUUUAUAGUGCUUUGCAAUAUCUGGAAAUAUGCUUGAAAUAAAAUAUUUCGAUGUAUGUUAAGUUUAAAUGGUCCCAAAAAUAAUUCUAAAAUUAACUCUUAUAACAUUUGUAAGGAAACUAAGAAGUCAUUCUUGUUUAAACGUUUCAGAGUCAUAUAGAGUUUAAGCAGGAACCCUAUGCAUAAAGUCAUAGUAGAUAAAGAUAUUUUGUUCCUAACAAAGAGGAUAUUCAAAAAUAGUUUCAAAUAUAUAUUUUUUUUUUCACAUAAUCAUUUAAAUGAUUAAAGAUAUGAUUAUGCGAGGGGAGCCAAGGUAUAACAAAGAGCAGUGGGUAGCUUUUAAUCAAAAAUUUAGGAAUUGUGAACUAGUAAGCUAAAUUAAAUUUCAAAGAGGUGCUAUUUAAAGGGGCUAUGUCACCCAACACGCAUGCGCGAGCCAAUGAAAACCAACUUGAAAAAGACGGCCCAACUUUUUCAAGUUGUGUCGGAGAUUUUGGAAGGCUGUUUUUAUCUGUCUAAAUCUCAGCCAUCGUUCGAUAGUUAGCGAAGUUUUGUAUUAAGAAUCGUUCUAUGGUGAUUACAGAACAAUUUUUUGGCGUUAUUUUAAAAUUGUUUGCCUGUGGAAUGUUUUUACGCGGAUUUACUGUGUCCUCUUAUCAGCGACCGUUGUAAUGGCAGAGUUAAUGACGGCUACUCCACAAUGAGUGAUGGAAUCUUUGAUGGAAUCUUCCCUAUAGUUCACAGGACCUUUCUAUUUAGUUAUUUUAGAGGCUGCUGGCUCUUGGAUUUUUCUUGUGCUCAAAGUAUGUGGACAUAUAAUGAAGCGGCUAUCGAGUUGGCGGCGGCCGUUUUUUGUAAACGAUUACAAGAGCAUCAGGCCAGGAGUUUCGUGACGCAACUAAACUCCUGGCGAAGGAAACAUUCUAAAAUUCCGCUAGAUUCCUUCUUGUAUUUAUCUCGAUUCACGGCAAAGAUAAACACGACCGUUUGCUCGUCCAGAUUGUUCUCAACGGACUUAGAGAGGCACCUUAGUAUGAGUUAGAUCCUGUAAAUGUCAUGUUUUUGAACUAUUUGUGUUCGAGCAUAAUUUUGGAAAAUAGCAGAGUUUACUUUCCCUUUUUAUCAACGGACUGCUUAUAGUGGAGUAGUAUACCAAUGAUACUGGGUUCUGUUUUUCUCGACGUCCCAGUGAUUCGGCACGAUCGAACAAUUUUGCGCGAUAAUGUAUGUUUCCCUAAGAUCAAAACAAAGACUUGGUCUCUUGUUCUAUCAGCAUCUAAAUUAUAAAAUCAGUAGCGACAGAGAAGUCUAAUUGUUUAUGAUUUGAAACAGUCUUGGUCUUUAUCUUCGGUCUAGCGUCUUUAGUAGCUCGUUUGUAAAAUACAACUUCCAUUUAUUUUGUUGAAUAAGACAAUAUGUUGUUGUUGAAUUUUUGUUUGCGCUCUAUUUUAUGAAUGGCAUGCGUUUUUACUUCAAAACUACAAGUAAAAUUGUCGUCACAAUUUUAUUCUUGAUCUAGCAUAACCAGAGAAGAAACGUUCCAUAAAUUAUAUCGAAAUAUCCCUUAUCCAAACCCAUUUUGCUUGUUAACCUCUCUAAAUUCGGAACCUUGGACGUGACAGAGAACAUAAAGAAAGUCACGCGUUAAUUCAAAACAAUGGAAUUUUGACAGUUGAAAGUAAUUUGCAUAACCUCAGAGCGCACAUGGAGAAAGUCACGCGUUAAAAACAAUAGAAUUUUGACAGUUGAAAGUAAUUUGCAUAACCUCAGAGCGCAUGCUCUCCAGCUGACAUAGCCCCUUUAACUCCUCAAAGGAUCAAAUUCAACCGGUUGCACCUGUCUUUGUUCUUUAUUCUUUUGAACAGUACAGAUUGUAUUCAGGUUUUAACAAAGUAGAAUUACCCCUUGAGCUCGGUCUUUGCAUCAAUCUGUCUAACUUUAGCUGAUCAAGAAAGACUUCCCAUCUAAAUUAUUUACUCGAUCUCCAUGGUUUUAAGUAACAAGCUUGAUUUUGGGGGAGAAACUGAAAGCGUUGAUGACAUCUCUCUAUUUUUGGAAAUGAUUACAUUGUCAGGUGCACUAAAAAAGAAAUAUUUCGUGUAUUCAUAUUCAUGUAUAUUAUAAAUUAGUUAUGGACUCCAAAGCCUCCAGCGUAUUUCGAUAUAAAACAAAAAGUUGUAAUAAUGUCAGUUAGAUUGUAAUAAAACAACUGACAAUUGAAUUGUUGUUAUGGGCAACCGCACGUACGGUCACAUUUAGAUUUUUCCACGCCUUAAUCUUUCUAGAAAAAAAUCUCAGAAAAGUUUAUAUAAUGAGCAAAUGGAAAACAUCUUGAACUAUCUGACGCGGUAGCGAAAAAUGGCAUAUUUUAAAAAAAAGUUCAAAUAGUUAUUGUCGUGUCAAAGUACAGCAAGUUGACGUGAGACAGGUGUAAAAUAGAUUUGAGUGGGCGUUGCAUUCAUUAUUGUUUUAUGUAGUUCACAUCUGACAACCACAAAUUUUCCACUAUCACUGUAAUCCAACGCUCUACUUCGAAUAAAACGAUUAAGAAAGCUUGAUAAAUACGGCCUCAAAAGCUUGAAAUAACGUCAAUUACAGUUUGCAACGGAUGCAGAUCAUCUUGAUUUCUUUUGUAGAAGGUGUUCAAAAUUAUCACGAUCAAUACAUUUGGCAAUAUCGAAGUUGAAAUAGGUAAGUGACUUCAGUUGUUAUUUGUGAAGUCUGGUCCUUUGACUUAUCUUCUCAUGCAUGGAAACGUUGAAUGCAUAAAUACAGUUUGUGUUUGAAAACAACUCUGUUGGUGUAAGUUCGAAGAGGUUCCCCUGUCACUAGUAUAGUGCUCAACACAAUUACGUCAGGGCUUUUUGCUGGGUCAAGGGAGCACGGUGGCCGGGGAAGGAAAAAUUCUGUCUAAAUAAGUUAUCAUAAAAUCACACGUCUAGGCUCGAUUUCCGCAGCUCUCUCGGGACAUUAAACCCUAAUAAGUUAAAUAUCAAAAAUUUUUCUUAAUCAGAGGAUAAAAUUAGCUCGCUUUUUUGUCGUUUUUGUGAUGUUUAUAGCAAGGGAAUGCUUGUUUGUAAAAAAUGUUUCUUCAAAUAUUUAUAAAUCUAAACUGAUGUAGACCCAAACUGAAUGCAUGUUUUUCUCCCCGCAUCGCCGAGCUAACUAGCAAGUGAAGGUCUAGUUGUUAAGAAACUCACGUUUUUACUGUAAUUUAAAUUAACUUUUAAUUUCACUGAGGUGUUUUAUUGAAAAACUUAAUUACAAGGAGCUUACAAUCACUCGACUGUAUAGAUUGUCCACAUAUAAUUAGAGUUGAUGGUCCACGAACUAAGAAAAGGGAUUGCACUUACUAAAACAUUGUUCCAUUUAAGUGCUUAAGGUUAAAAAAAAGGGGGAAAAAAUAAAAAGAUAAAGAGCUUGAUUAGAAGAGCUCAUUUCGCGUCCUUAAUCGUGUCUUUAUUUCAUCUGAUCUGGUUCAAUUUGUUGACAAAAUGUAGGCGAAAAUUACUGAAGUUUAAUCUGUUAAGGACAGUGUAUGAGUUCAGAAACGUGAAAGGAAAUCGUAACGUUGUUGUGUACGAUUGCUUUAUGUCCUCUUGCUAGAUAUGAAAGUAAUCAAAUUUUACGUCAAAAUAUUGGCUGCAGUCACUUACAUUACGUUGCCGUCACACUGUGACGGCAACGUAAUUUAACACGAAAUUGUGUGAUGCAUGGGAAAAAUUGUUUGUUUCGUUUGUUAAACCUGACCCUCCACCCUCCCAUUGCCGCUUCCAUCGCGGCCGCGUGAUUAUGGAAAUUUCAACUCAUGCACUGCGGAGUACUUACGCCUCACUAUUACGGGACAUUUUUCUCAUACACAGAGCAGCAGAAUCCCCGAGGAAAAUUUCAGACAUUUGACUCGCAUAAACUCUCGUAUAUAUAUAUAGAUAGGGACUUACAGACACUCGUUGAAGUCCGGCAAAGAUUCAAAUUUAUUCUGAUCUAACUCUCUUUGUAAUCGACAGCUGUUAUUUGUAAUUAUGUAUGUUGUUUGAUUGAAUUAAAUUUAUAAUUUUUUUCGCUGUUCAAUCCAUCAAAUGUAGCUCAAGUGUUUCCAUCGAGCAAUAUAAAAAAGCAAAAAUUAAUGAAAUUAAUGAGAUAAACCUGUUUUAUGGCAGCAAAGAUUUUGUCAAAUGAGGUGCUCUGGUAGGGAGACUGAGAAGCUGACAUUUUGAGUGCACUCAAAACAAGUUUCUCUCAGGGUCUGGAAGGAUUUUCCUGGGAUGGGGGAGUGAGUAAUUUUAAUUUUCAGUGGACAAAAAUCUUGUACCAGAAUAAUUCAAAGAAUAUUGCAUUCUCUCUUACAUUUUUCAAGGGCUAAAGAUGUAAUAAAUCAUCUGUAGUGACACCAAAAAAAAAAUUCUCAUGGGAGCCCGAGAAAAUAUAUGAAUGUCAAAUUUCACAGAAUUUAAAUCUUACACAUGAAAUUUUCAGAAUUUUAACUGUGUAAUCACAAUUAUUGUGAAAUUUGACAUUCAUUUUCUCGGAAUUCCAUGAGAAAUUUUCUUUGGUGUUACUACAGAUGAUAUAUUACAUCUUAAGUCCUUGAAAAAUGUAAAAAAGAAUGCAAUAUAUAUUCUCUAAAUUAUUCUGGUACAAGGUUUUUGUCCACUGAAAAUUAAAAUUACUCAUUCCUGGUGGAUUCCGUCUAAAUGCUUCAAUUUAUAACCAUCCCAGUAGAAUUAAAGUUGAGUCAAGAAAGAAUCUGUCCAUUCUAAAAAUGCUUAUUCUAAGAAAGCUCCAGAGUACGGACUGUUUUGAAAUGUAGGAGUCUGUAUGUAAAACAGGCAUUGAGGUACCGAGGAUGACAACGGCUUGAUUUACCUCGAAUAAAUUAAAUAAAAAUGACUUAUUUCAGGUAAUUGCUUAUAGGCCUGAACCUGGAACUGAUUCUUGGGCUCUUUCGACUGAAAAGAAACUAAAACAAGAAAGAACAACAAGGCUUGUUGAAAUGUUUUAGAAGAAUGUUAUGUUUUGAAAAAAGAGGCAGAUAUUAAUUUUGAUACUUUGUGGCUCGAAAUCAAAUCAGGUUUGGCUUAUAAGAUUGCACAACAGCCACUUUAACGACAUUAUCUGAGUAUUUCUUCCGCAAGUUUGUGUACUCAGCUUUGGCAGUUUAAUUGCUUUUUAAAUUACAUGUCUAAGAGUGGACAGUUUUUUAAACUACCGCAGCAAGCUUUCCAAAGGUCUCUUCAAGCGCAAAUAAUGUAUUUUCAGCUUGGGCAGUAAUUUCAGUUUCAUGCACAAAAAACUGAAACACUAAAUCACACGUCCAAAAGCGGGCAAUGCCUCACUGGUCAACCAUUGUAAUAUUUUUUUCAAUGUUUUUCAUUUUCUGCUUUUUUUUAGCACUCUUGACUACACAGUGCUGCUGUUUGUUUAUCAACUUGACGUUUUACGUGAACGAGCUCGAGAUUAAAAAAGUAUUGAAGAUGUCUUCAGUCGAUGAAAAUCAGCUGGAUGCACGCGCAGCACUAGUGGAGGAGUUAGCGACAAGAAGUACAGCGGUGAUUAUCAUCGAAGUAAUUUCAGUAAUUGUAAUAGGCCUGAUUGGUUUUUGCGGAAAUCUUCUUAUUGUCAUGGUAAUAUUCAAGACUUCUUCACUAAGGACAAUGUCAAAUUACUACAUAGUUUCCUUGAGCGUGAUAGACUUGUUCAUUUCUCUGUUUACGUUGUUGUUCGUUCCUGUGGUAGGUAUCGAAGGGAGUUGGCUAUUUAGCGCUUCUGCUUGCCAGUUUCAAGGGUUCGCAACAGCUAUGCUGGCGACAGCUUCAAUUUAUACCAUGACAUUAAUAUCGGUAAAUCGAUACUUCGUCAUGUUCACAUUAAACCUUCAUCGGACUCGCUUCACAAAGAAAAACGUUUGCAUUUCCAUUGUCUCUGCGUGGAUCUUGGCUUCUAACUUUCCCUUGUCGUACGUCCUUCAAGGUCACAGGUUCUACUUUCAUCCUGGUAAAGCCAUCUGUAUCUUCGAUGUAAGCAAGUUAAAAAUUCUUCAUGCAGCUCUAACUGCUCUUCUUAAUGUGCUAUGCCCAUAUAUGAUCAUUUCUUUCUGCUAUUUCAAGAUUUACCUCAAAUUGAAGCGACACAAUGCCCAACUAAGGCAUCAAGUUGGGUCACCAGUGUCCAGAAAUGCGCCUUGGCGAAUCUCGGUAAAAGAAAUAAGAAUCACUAAAAUAUUGUUUGCAAUAAUCUUAGCCUUUACAGUUUGCUGGUUCCCCUUUGUUAUCAUCAACAUACUUGGAUUGGUAUAUGGACCAUUUUUUGCCCCGCGUCAGGUGUAUGUAUUUUACAGUUUCAUGGCUGGAAGCUCUGCGUCAUUUAGCCCAAUAAUUUACGGAACUUUAAACAAAGACGUUAGAAGAGAAAUUAUCAAGUUGUUGAAAAAAUUGCAGUGUUCGUCUAAGAUUACGCCUAUAGUUAACCAUGGUCGUCCACUAGGAAAUUUGGGUCCAUGA